AGAGAAGAGAAGAGAAGAGGAGAGGAGAAAGGAGAGAAGAGACGCGAAGAGCAGAGAAGGAAGGUAUCGCAUUCCGUUCCUUGUCUCAUCUGAUCCAAACCCAGCCACGCGGCACCACUCGCCGUCGCAUCCUUGGAGUCCGUUGGGCGGCACGGGCAUUUCGGUGUCGGCGUCUCCGAACCUGAUGUUUGGGUCUUUCCCGUCGUUUCCUGCGCAGCGAAUGAGCUAAAUCGGAUUCAAAAGCUUGGUCUGGGCGUCGGUUGACGAAAACGAGCGAGGCAAAACCAUCUGUCUCCUCCUUUCCUUUGCUAUACUCGGCUUAAACAAUGGUAAUAUCCACUGAUAAUGUUCGGGGCUUUUCUCUGGCCCUUUCCUCAAGCGUUUUUAUCGGAUCAAGCUUUAUAAUAAAGAAGAUCGGUUUAAAGAAGGCAAGCUCCUACGGAAUCAGUGCAGGUUCCGGAGGAUUCUCAUAUUUAUAUGAGCCCUUGUGGUGGCUGGGAAUGGUUACUAUGAUUGUUGGUGAGGUUGCUAAUUUUGCUGCAUAUGCAUUUGCUCCAGCAAUACUUGUUACUCCUUUGGGAGCUUUGAGUGUUAUAGUCAGUGCAGUGCUUGCACAUUUUGUGUUGGAUGAGAAGCUACACAUAUUUGGUGUCCUUGGUUGUGUCCUUUGUGUUGUGGGAUCAACUAGUAUAGUUUUGCAUGCACCUCAAGAGAAGAAUAUUGAGUCAGUUAAGGAAGUGUGGGACCUAGCUACAGAACCAGGUUUCAUUGCUUACUCAUGUGUGGUUAUCAUCCUAGUAAUUGUUCUAGUUAUACAGUUCGCUCCGCGAUAUGGUCGAACGCAUUUGAUUGUCUAUGUUGGCAUUUGCUCAUUGAUGGGCUCUUUGACAGUUAUGGCUGUCAAAGCAGUGGGUAUUGCUUUAAAGCUUACGUUUUCUGGAAUGAAUCAAUUUGUAUAUGCUCAGACUUGGUUUUUCACAGUUGUCGUGAUAACUUGUUGUCUUUUUCAGUUGAACUACUUGAACAAGGCAUUGGACACUUUCAACACUGCAGUGAUUUCUCCUGUCUACUACGUUAUGUUCACUACUCUCACUAUAUUUGCCAGCAUGAUCAUGUUCAAGGACUGGUCUACACAGAAUGCAUCACAGAUUGUUACGGAGCUUUGUGGCUUUAUCACAAUUCUCUCAGGAACUUUCCUUCUUCAUAUGACAAAGGACAUGGGGAAUCCUGUGACCACAGAGCCAACCAGAUUGACGGAGAGAGAACUGUCAAACCACCACUAAUCACACUUGUUUUAGCUGUCUUGUUACGGUCGCCGAUGAAUUGGCUCCAUCACUAAAUUGCAUUUUUAGGAGAUUUCUUGAUUAGCUUAAUCUCGCUAAAAUGCAACAGAAAGCCUCUUCUUCAGUUAACAAGCUCAAGACACCUUGAGAUGACCUCAUACUUGAUUUCCCAGAUU